GAGGGAGGCUGCCCGCCUGUUGAUUGAAUUACGCUCAUUGACAAAGAGGUGUAAUGCAUCGAUGGGUGAAUUUAUACACCCAGGAGAAUUUAAGACCGUAAUAGCAGGAGUUCAAAAGGUUGCAGGAUUUGACGAUACUAAAAUGAUCUACAAGACACCCUCACUAGCCCUUAAGCUAGGCCACACUCUGCAGAAGUUCGCAAAAAUUCUUCAGGGAAGAGGUGGAGAGACAGGUGAUGAUCAGUUGUACAGGCAUGCAAAGGCAUUUGGAGAGAGAGUUCAACAUGAGUGGAGUGUCUUUGUUUCAUCAGGUGCUCUAAGAACUCUGUACACUCUAAAAACAGAAGUGCUAAAAAACGAGUGCUAAAUACGAGUUAGCACCUGGGGGGUUAUUUCUAGCACCUCAAGUGCCAUUUACUUCUGGGAAAUGAUGAUGUGCAAACAAAUUGGUGCUGAAAUUAAGUGCUGAAUAUCAAAGACGCUAGUUUUGCACUUGAAGUGCUGACCAGCAAAGGAGUUGGUCCAGUGGUGUUAGCUGGAUGUACAAGGACGCACCUGUAGUGCGAGUUUAACCGGGAUCGGUCGGAGCCAGCAUGCAGCGCACGUGGCUUGUAUGUACUGUCCUAUACGUAGACCGACUGCAUGUAUGCGGUACCGGUACCGGCCCCGAGAUCAAGACUUGUCUGUACAUGUUUUUAUUACACGUUCCUUUUGCAUUCGCCUGCCCUUUAUAUAGCAGAAAACAUGGUAAGUUAGACGUACGUUAAUUGUAGAAAUUUAGUUAAUUUCAUACUUGUGAUUAUAAAGCAACAAAUGCAGAUUUAUAAACUAGAAAGUGGGAAGUAAAUUGUGUGCAAUUUAAGACCAGCCAUACACAAUUAACGCUAUGUAACAGUAAUACGCUGUCGCUUCGGGACAGUUGGGCUAGCGGACCGGCUAUAUAUAAAACGUAUAGCUAGCUGCAGCUAAUGGGUCGCAACAAUCGAAAUAGCGGAACUUCACGAGCAGCCAUGCCGUUAGCUACCCAUGACUUGAACGUGUGCUAGGUGCGCGCCGUACCGGUUACAUCCAUAGCCGCGAAGCUGGUGCCGCGACGCUCUCAAAGACAUCGAUUAAACUCUCCAAAGAGGGCUUAAAUGUUGAUCAAAAUAUUUCAACAGACCAUCGAGGGAUAAAGACAAAGUGCAGUGAGUAAUACAAACUAAUUUAGUUGAGUUUAAAGACAAAUAAAGCGUUGAAAAAAAAAGAAAAAAAAAAUAGGUACGAAAAAAAUUAAAAAGGAGUAGUCUACGAAAGCACAGUAGCGCCGUUCUAAUUUAUGCAAAACAACGUGGUCUUCACUCCAAAAUGUUAACAUUCAUGUUUUGAUUCAAUUCUUGAAUCUUGUCCGCUCCAAUUAAAUUUUGCGUAUAUAGUCAGUCUUUACUCACGGCCUUUUAUAAUCAAUGUUAUAUUCUCUCUUGAUUCAUUCAACAAAGAUUUGCACACUUUUUUGUUCAAUGUGUCACUGCACUAUGUUUGCUCCUUUAUUUUAGAUUCUUGACGUUGUACAAGAAACGAGCAUUGGCAGCUAGAGAUUAUCAAUGCCAGGAGAUCAGAGCAAUUUAUAUGUUAUACAAAUUGAGGGUGCUGUAAAUUUUCUAUUGCUGAUUAUCGAGGCAUAUAAAGAAAAUGUAAUAACAAAAGAAGAAUUAGUGAAUUUCUUAGUUCAGUUUUUAUACCAGCAUUGAACCCAAAUAAUGGAUCUCAAAAGAAUGUAUGUUACGUACAAUGGGGACCAAAACAGUGAUAGGAAAAAGCUAGUAAAGUUGGACACGACUGAUUUCGAUAGCAUGACAUUCAAAAUCAAACAAACAUUCGCCCUUCCAAUGGACGAAAAGUAUGCAUUCCACGGCCGUGUAGAAGCCAGUGGACCACUCGUUGAACUGGAUGAACAUGACAGCGAAAUCCUGGAUGAGUUAAUCGAGGUCUCCUUCAACAGAUGCGGAGGUUCCUCUCGGGGUGUACCUAUUGUACCAGAGAGUGAUUCUGACAUAGAGAUGUGUUCCAACAUAUUUCUGCAAGGAUGUUCAUCAGAUGUCUCAUCUGGGGUGUCCUUUUCAUCUCCUGUCCAGUUGAAGUUCGUGGCUGACACCGAUUCUGAUCUGUCUGGGGAUUCUCCCUUGUUGAUUCCUCCAUCGCCGCCACCUUGCAGCAUGCUGCUAGCUAUCAGACUGUUCUUCAGAUGCCUCGCCUCAGAUGUCCUCAUCCCAUCACAAGACAUCAUUCAUGGUGAACCCAUCUCCUCUCUCCUCAAUUAAGAUUGUGCCAGAGAGUAAUUCAGCUAUGCCAGGGACAUCACUGUCAAGUUCCAGCGUGCUGCUGCCGAGUUGCUCCUCAGAUGUCCCGCUUCAGAUGUCCUCAUCCCAUCACAGGACAUCAUCCAUGGUGAACCCAUCUUCUCUCCCCUCCGAUAAGAAGCUAGAUUUUGACAUGAAGAAAAUAUUAGAGGGUCACAACAGAGGUGCAUCCAUACUUGAGGAGUAUGAUAGGCUCAGGCUCAUCUCCCCCACAACUAGGAAGCAGGUCAUCAGCAUCAUGGCAGCAGAGUUAGUGGCAGUAUGUGGAUACUACCCCACUAUGCAGCAGAAGCAUGCAGUAGCCAAAGCUAUUAUCUCCUUCUUCCCGGAACUGAAAGAUCCCACUGGAGAGACUGGAUAUGAACAUAUCUACUGCUCUAAAGGUGGACAGUCGGGCUAUUUGUUCGACAAGCUAAAAAACAUCCGGAGAAAUCUGCCUGACAGUGCCAGAAUGAAAAGUGGCAAGGGCAAGGGCAAGGGCAAGGUCAGCACAUCAAAAGGUACUACCAAAAGGCUAGAGGCUGUCCUCACGUCUGAAGAGAUGAAGGAGGCAGAAGCGCUGUGUAGGAACAGCACAGAUAAGAAUACAGUUCGAGCAGCAAUGGCCAAAUGCUCCACAAGUAGACAUGCAUGGAUCCAGGAUCAGAAACCUUUCAUGAAGGACAUAUUGCAGAGGUACCCGCGGUACAGAGACAUGCCAGACCUUGUGCAGCAGGAUUUCCAGGAGAUUUACCCUGAUGCCAGUGAUUCCCUCCUCAAGAAAUGGGAUGGCCAUGCCAUGGCUCUUUUGGCCUAUGCAUCAACAUGUAGGGAAGGCAAGGAGAUCAAUGAUGAAUACCAUGCACUACUCAAGACCAGACAAGAACACACGCAGCUAUUUGGUUUCCUGGUACUCAUGAAGUUCCUCCCUUCAUACAAUACAAAGGGCAAAGGGCGUGUCUCACAAGCAGAUAUGGAACAUUGCAUUGUGCACUUCCAUGACGUCCACAGGCCUGUGACUGAAUGCUUGAAGGACACGGCCACGAGACGGCCCUCCUUGCUAGUGAAGGGCACAAAGAACAACGUUGAAGAGAUCUUCCUUCAGAUAGAAGAGUAUGCAUGCCCUCUCCACACACCAAACAUCGUCAACGCAUUUGACAUCCUCUUCAAGAGUUACUAUGUGUACAACCUUGCUUACCCCGUCCCAGCUUCUAUCUUCUAUCUGUAUCUCCAGACUCAAAUCUUCGGAUUGCACCAUGAUGGCAAACUGCCACCUGCCAUCAGAGAAAUAGCAUCAGCAGUGAAUGCUGCAAAGAAAUGACAUUUUACAUCUGAAACCAUCUGAAAACGUCUGAUUUGCAAAGUUUUUCAGGCAGUUUUUUUUUUUUUAAGGACCUCCUUCGUUUUCCUUGCAGCAGCAGGGUGCUAAACAAGGUUCACAUAUU